GGUGCCUUAAACGGUUAACGACAACAACAACUCUAACCAGAAGGACGUUACGAUACCUUUCCCAUUCUCAUCGUUAACCUUGAGAAUCUCUCACUGCAAUUUACAAACCCAUAUCCAUGGCGGAGUCUUCAGCCAACGAUCGCCGAAGCCAUUCCGGUAGUUCCAGCGACAACUCUGUGUAUUUCGCAGCCGAAGUCUCUCCUCCGAAUGUCGACAAUGCCACCGCUUCUUCAGUUGAGAGGGAUUUGCAAACAGAGAGAACGUCUGGAGAAUUAUCGGCCGUCGGAACAUCAUCGCAUUCGAGUUCUAGUUCGAGUCAGCUCACUGCAAGCGCGAGGUUGACUCAUAAUCAGGCAUUGGCUGCGAUUCUAGCCAAACUCUUCGACCACAAAACUCCUUUUAGAAAGAAGCGUAAAUAUAUAAACCGCCUGGCAAGAGUUCAAGAUGACGGGACUGUACAGUUUGACGUUCCGGGAGAUAUUAAACCACAGCAGCUGGAUUUUGGAACUGGAGUUGUUCACGGUGAACCUUGUGAUGAAAAACCUUCUUCUGGUGAAACAGAAGCUGAAGUUCUAGAUAUACGUCCGCUGCAAAUUGUAAUGCUUAUUGUCGGUACACGAGGAGAUGUACAACCGUUUGUUGCCAUUGGAAAAAGUUUGCAGGAAUAUGGCCAUAGGGUUAGGCUAGCAACUCAUGCAAAUUUCAAAGAUUUCGUCCUUACUGCUGGGUUAGAGUUCUUUCCUUUAGGUGGAGAUCCAAAAGUUCUUGCUGGUUAUAUGGUCAAGAAUAAGGGUUUCUUGCCAUCAGGACCUUCGGAAAUAUCAAUUCAGCGAAAUCAAAUAAAGGAAAUCAUUUUUUCUUUACUUCCUGCAUGCAAGGAACCUGAUCCUGAUUCUGAAGUUCCAUUUAAAGCAGAUGCGAUAAUUGCCAACCCGCCAGCAUAUGGGCAUUCUGAUGUUGCUGAGGCAUUAAAAGUACCACUUCAUAUAUUUUUCACAAUGCCAUGGACGCCUACAAGUGAAUUCCCUCAUCCUCUAUCCCGUGUCAAGCAACCAAUUGGAUAUAGACUAUCAUAUCAAAUAGUCGAUGCAUUAAUUUGGCUAGGAAUUCGAGACAUGAUAAAUGAGUUUAGGAAGAAAAUGCUGAAGCUGAGACCUAUCACAUAUUUAAGUGGAUACUAUAGUUCUCCUCCUGACGUGCCCUAUGGGUAUAUAUGGAGUCCUCAUCUUGUUCCCAAACCUAAAGAUUGGGGACUGAAGGUUGAUGUUGUUGGUUUUUGUUUUCUUGACCUUGCUUCAAAUUAUGAACCCCCAGAUUCACUUGUGGAGUGGCUUGAAGCUGGUGAACAGCCUGUCUAUAUUGGAUUUGGUAGCCUUCCUCUUGAAGAACCAGAGAAAAUGACCAAUAUUAUUCUUCAAGCUCUGGAAAUAACUGGACAGAGAGGCAUCAUCAACCGAGGCUGGGGUGGCCUUGGUAAUUUGGCAGAACCAAGUGAUUCUGUGUAUUUAGUGGACAAUUGCCCCCAUGAUUGGCUAUUCCAACGAUGCUCUGCUGUGGUGCAUCAUGGGGGUGCUGGGACAACUGCUGCUGGUCUGAAAGCUGCGUGUCCAACCACAAUUGUACCAUUCUUUGGGGACCAGCCAUUUUGGGGGGAGAGGGUGCAUGCCAGAGGAGUAGGUCCUGCACCCAUUCCAGCUGAUGAAUUCUCGCUUGAAAAGUUGGUCGAUGCCAUACACUUCAUGUUAGAUCCAAAGGUUAAAGAGCGUGCUGUUGAAAUUGCCAAGGCCAUGGAUGGCGAAGAUGGGGUUACAGGAGCAGUGAAUGCCUUUCAUAGGCACUUUCCUCACAAUAAAUCUGAGGAUAAACCCGAGUCAUUGCCGGCUAGAAAAGGCUUAUUUUCCAUCAGGAGGUGUUUUGGCUACUCCUCCUCCUACACAUGAUUCUUCACUAGUCCACAGCGAUGUUUUCUUCCUAUCAUGUGCAAGACAUCAGAGAUGUGAAAUUCUGAUAUCCUCUUACUAGGUUACUUAACAUUACAUCGUUUUUGUUUUGCUCGUCAAACAAAUCUUCUAUACAUGCCUUUGUUUUCAUUAUUAGAUGAUGUCUAUUAGGGCCACUUCCGCCAGGACAGUAAAAACUGUUAUUGGAAGUGUUUUUAAUACACUGAGAAAGAUGUGAUGCUUUGGUAGGGAGCUUGGAAAUUUACAAAGCUGAACGAUUCUUCAGGAGACUUAAGAACUAUAUUGAUGGCUUAAAAAUAGAGCCGUUGGCCGCUGCACUAUA